CCCGCUGCUCAGAGAAAGUGCUGCAGACUGGUGCUGUCCAGGCUGCUGCAGACCCAAGGGAGAUGAGCCUGCCCGGCUCAGGGCUGACAGUGCCUCCUUCCCCCUGCCAGGGAGAUGAUGAAGACCCCGAGAAGCCUGCACUGCACGCUGUUUGACGAGCUGGUGAAUCUCCUUACUGUGGAGGACGCCAUGUGGGAGAUGGUCGCCAUGGUCAUGUUCACCGAGAUGCUGAAGUGCAGAGCCAUCAGUGAUACUCUGGACUAUGCCGUGGACAUCUUCCCCAUGUACCUGCAGAGCCAGUGCAGGGGGAUGUCAAGACUGGUGCUCAAGAGUCUCUACGGGCUCUCCGAGAGGCCCGACACGGCAGAGAAAAUCCUCACCCUGAUGCCAAACAUCGUGGCGUGCCUGGAGGAUACUCGUGACAGUGGUGACAUCUCCCUGGCCAUGCUGGUGCUCAACAACUUACUCCCGCUGCUGGAUGAGAACACACUCAGCCUCAGCGCCCUUGCCAUCGCUCCCAAGCUCCGGUUGCUCUUUGACAACGAGUCAGACACCGUGAGGGAGCUCUCCAUCUGCUUAUUCCAAUACGUGAUGGGGCUUGGGACGGAUGCUGAAAAGGAGAAGAUGAAGAAGGAGGUGUGGGAGAGUCUGCUGCCGCUGGUCUUUCACCUGCACGACCAGAAGGAGAAUGUGGCCAAGGCCGCCCAGGAAGCCCUCUACUUCGCUGGCUGGUUCUUGAAGUGGCAGGAGCUGACAGAGCUGGCUCUGACUGCGGAACCAUGGGAGAUCAGCGAGUGCCUGCUGGAGAGGAAGAGGAGGAAGACCAAGGACUUUCUGUACCAGAGUGAGGUCUACCUGCAGAGCCCACAGGAGACCCUGAGGCAGGACGCUGUCAGGUUCAUCGUCCUUGAAGGCCCAAGAAAAGACGCCAGCCCCCUGGUUUCCUCCUUGGCGACUCAGACCGUCCUCAUGCUGGAAGAAAGAAGGAGGAGUUCAAGGCUUAGCCUACAGUGGCUGCGCUCAUUGCUGCCGAGGGCAUGGAGGAGGCGGCGCUCGGCCCCCAGCAGAGACUUGCGAAAACCUGGUGAAGUUCAAUAAAGCAAAGCGCAAGGUCCUACACCUGGGGCACGGCAAGCCCAGGCACAGCAACAGGCUGGCUGGAGCACCCCCCA